AUGAUGGACGGCCGCCUCCUGGAGCACCCGCAUGCCCAGUUCGGGGGCUCGCUGGGCGGCGUGGUGGGCUUCCCCUACCCGCUGGGCCACCACCACGUGUACGAGCUGGCCGGCCACCAGCUGCAGUCAGCCGCCGCCGCGGCUGCCGCCGCCUCGGUGCCGUUCUCCAUCGACGGCCUGCUCAGCGGCUCGUGCGCCGCCGCCGCCGCCUCGGUGGUCAACCCCACGCCGCUGCUGCCGGCCGCCUGCGGGGUGGGCGGCGACAGCCAGCCCUUCAAGCUGUCAGACUCGGGGGACCCGGACAAGGAGAGCCCGGGCUGCAAGCGGCGGCGCACCCGCACCAACUUCACCGGCUGGCAGCUGGAGGAGCUGGAGAAGGCGUUCAAUGAGAGCCACUACCCCGACGUGUUCAUGCGUGAGGCUCUGGCGCUGCGCCUGGAUCUGGUCGAGUCCCGAGUUCAGGUCUGGUUCCAAAACCGCCGCGCCAAGUGGAGGAAGAAGGAGAACACCAAGAAGGGCCCGGGGCGGCCCGCGCACAACUCCCACCCGACCACGUGCAGUGGCGAGCCGAUGGACCCGGAGGAGAUCGCGCGCAAGGAGCUGGAGAAGAUGGAGAAGAAGAAGCGCAAGCACGAGAAAAAGCUACUCAAGAGCCAGAGCCGCCACCUGCACUCACCCGGCGGCCUGUCCCUGCACAGCGCGCCCAGCUCCGACAGCGACAGCGGCGGCGGCGGCCUGUCCCCGGAACCGCCCGAGCCGCCACCAUCCGCCGCCGCGGCCAAGGGCCCCGGCGCGCACAGCGCUGGCGCCGCCUGUGCAGCGCCCGCACCGCCUGGCGAGCCGCCUGCGCCCGGCACCUGCGACCCCGCCUUUUUCCCGAGCCAAAGAAGUGGCGCUGGCCCGCAGCCACGGCUAGGCCGCCCCGUGGACAAGGACGUGGCCCCAUGUGCACCGGGGGUGGUGGCGGCUGAGCGCGGGGCCGCGGGCCCGCCCAAGGCCAGCCCGUUCAGCGUGGAGAGCCUGCUGUCCGACUCGCCGCCGCGCCGGAAAGCGCCCCCAGCCAACGCGGCUGCCGCAGGGCUGGACUUCACACCCGGGCUGCCAUGCGCGCCGAGGACCCUCAUCGGCAAGGGCCACUUUCUGCUCUAUCCCAUCACGCAGCCGCUCGGCUUCCUGGUGCCGCAGGCCGCGCUCAAGGGAGGCGCGAGCCCUGAGCCCGCGCCCAAGGAUGCGCCUCCCGCGCCCUCCGUGCCGCCCGCUCCGCCUGCCCAGGCUAGCUUCGGGGCCUUCCAGGGGCCCGGCGGCGCUCCGGACUCGGCCUUCGCGCGCCGCAGCCCCGACACUGUCGCCUCCCCGGGGACCCCGACCCCGGCGCCUUUCCGGGACGCCGCGGCCUCGGCCGAGGGCGGCGGUGGGGACUGCGCGGAUGCGGGCACUGCCUGCCCAGCAGCCCCGCCGCCGCUCGCGCCGUCGCCCGGGCCUGGCUUGCAGGCUCCCAGCCCCGCUGCAGAGCCAGCCGUCGGCGGGGCCCCCGAGCCAGGCGCCUCGACCGGACCCAGCGCGCGGGAUGGCGAGGAGGUGGACAUGGACUGA